AGUCUAACAGGCUGAAGAUCCUGAUCAAGGAAACAUAGGACGUUACAGGAUCGUGAAAGAAGUGUUGAAGAAGUUAGUUUGAGAAAAGUUUCAGCAACCUACGCUUGGUUUUAUUACCGAAGCCAAAGCACCCUACUAAGAAUGCCACAAAACGUUGUUCUUCCUGGACCUGGACCGUGGGGAUUCAGGGUUACCGGUGGGAUCGAUUUUAAACAGCCGUUAACAAUAUCGAGGAUUACUCCAGGAAGCAAAGCAUCAUUAGCAAAUCUCUGCCCAGGCGAUGUAAUUUUGGCUAUAGAUGGUCAAGGUGCAGAAAAUAUGACACAUGCUGAAGCCCAAAAUGCAAUAAAGGAUGCAAAUAAUCAGCUAUCUCUCAAGAUUGACAGACCAGAAACCAGGCUUUGGUCUCCACAAGUGGAAGAAGAUGGCAAAGCACAUCCUUUUAAAAUUAAUUUAGAAGCAGAGGCACAGGAUUUGGGCUACUUUGAGCACAAAUUCAAUGUCCGACCCAAACCUUUUGCAGCCUCAGUCACAAGCAGUGGAUGUAGUACUCCAACUGGUAUCGGAGGAGGGAGUGGACGUAGUACCCCCUCAGUUGCAAGUAGCAUUUCCCCUGGUGAUUUGAAACUUGCAGCCAGAGUGGCCCCAAAUAAGCCUUUGGAGAUGGAAAUUCCUGGAGUCAGGAUUGUACAUGCUCAGUUUAAUACACCUUUGCAAAUGUACUCAGAUGCCAACAUUCUGGACACCCUACAAGGCCAAGUGUCUACUGCUUUGGGGGAUGUAACCCAUUUAAGUGAAGAAUCAGAACCAUUUGUGCAGCAAUCUGAUGUUCUUCGAGCACUUCAGGAUAACACAGACCAACCCAGUGGGCCUCGUCAGUCAUCAUCAUUCAGAGUCCUUCAGGAUAUAGUGCAGGAAGAUGAUGGCAACCGGCCUGCUGGAAUUAGAAGUGUAAAGGCUCCAGUAACAAAAGUUGGUACUCCAGCUGGAGGGGUCCAGAAGCUACCACUGUGUGACAAAUGUGGAAAUGGAAUUGUAGGCACUGUUGUGAAAGCCCGUGACAAAUAUCGACACCCAGAGUGCUUUGUGUGUUCUGACUGCAAUAUGAAUCUCAAGCAAAAGGGCUACUUCUUUGUGGAAGGACAGCUGUACUGUGAAAAUCAUGCUCGAGCACGUAUGAGGCCUCCAGAGGGAUGUGAAACAGUCACUAUUUACCCUAAAGCAUAAACUGUUGAGAAUCCAGUGCAACGAAAACAAAAGACAGGAGGAGUAUCUAGAGUCACUAGGAACAAAAGUGCCACACUGCAACAUGUGACUCUGCAGUUAUGUAGUUACUAAUGCUUUUUGCUUCUGAAAUUUACAGAUGGCUGUUUUCUGUUACACAAAUUUAUGUUACUCUCCAUUCCCCAAACUUAAUGGUACAGAAAUGCUAUGCAUGUUACAUUUCACUCAGUCAUUUUACAGUACUGAUUAAAUCUGGGGACUGAGACUAAAUAAAAUGCAUCAGUAUGUUUCUGUGCUUUUGUAGCAAUAUACACGUUAAAGCAUAGUAGAAACUGCAUUUACUUAUUGAAAAGCACAAUUUGCUCAAGCACUUGCUUUGUUGGAGAAAUAUCCACUAUUUGCACAUUCUUUCUUAAGUAUAUGUAUAUAUAGUAUGCAUAGGGAAUAAACACCAUACUAGCUGUUAAUUUUUAUAUGCCACACCAUAAAUAUCGAUGGCUGUGUUUAAGUAUUACUCUAUACACUAUUGAUAAGCGAGAUUUAUAUAAUCUAACAGAACAGUGAAAUAUAUUAUCUGACAAAUUUAGUUUUUACUAUGCAGGAAAAAAACAUGUUAUUUAUACAAUCAGUGUACUAUUAAAAUUUAAAUUAAUGGUACCACAGUUUUUUAGGUAUAAUAUUUAGAAUAUAUUUCAAGGACUUUCAGGUAACUGUACCCCAGUAUUUUUAAAGUACAUCAUCUAGACUAUAUGCCACUGACCAAUGUGAAUAUCAUUGGUAUUUAAUAGUGUUUGCAUUGGCAAUAUGUAAUGCAUUUAUAUGGUACAUGCCACUAGGCAGUAGAAAUUUGUACUCCUACAGCAUACUUAAUUCUACACGAAUGUUAAAGAAAGCAGACUAUUGAACCAGAAGUCUCAGUUUUUUAGCAUUGCAAGGGCCAACUCAAAUACAUUUUCUUUAAUGUUAAGCUGUGUUUUGACCUUUCAGUUCACAAAAAUGGCUUUCAAAAUUUCAGUCUGGUAACUUGUACAGAGUAAAAACAGCUGUGAGGAGUCACAACAACCUGUAGUAAUUGCUGUGUCACCAGAAAAGUAGCUAAAAAGUAAACACCUUCCUGCAGUAUUUGCUUCCUACUUGAGCCAGAGCAUAUACAACAUUCUGUAAAUUAUGCGAGAGCAGAAUUAACAGUUUAAAAUUAUCUGGCAUGUUGUAACAUUGUAUAAUAUUGGUACAGGAUUAAUUUCAUUACUUAAACUGACUAUAGAAGUGGAAUUUUGCAAAGAUUGACAAAGCAUCAAGUUUGAAAGUUGUAAAAUGGUGUUCUGAAAUGUGGUUUGCAGGAAAAUGUGAUUUUAUUAUUUCUGCACAUUGCUUCAGUACUGUUGAAUGUAUAUUGUGCUUUAAUUUGGAAAUAGUAAAAAUGCAUUAUUGUGACUUAUUUAGUGUACAUAAUAAAAUGGACAAAAGCUUGCCUUUUGAAAUGA